AUGCCGUUCUCGGACGAUUCUUAUCCCAAGACCGCAGACAUGCCAUCAGCGCCCAAAGUUGCAGAAGAUAAUGCUCCUCGUACUGUCGAGGAACCGUCCCGUCGACGCAGCUCUAUUGUCGAUGCGGAGAAGUCGCCAGGUGUCGUGAGGAUUGAGGCCAUCAACGAAGUUCUCACAAGGAAAGAUCGUUUCUUCCUCUUCAUUGGCGUGUUUCUCAUUGCGUAUGCCUAUGGACUAGAUGGCACGGUUCGAUAUACAUACCAGACCACAGCGACUGCAUCCAUGGGCCACCAUUCUCUGCUGGCCACAAUCAACACGCUGCGCGCUGUCAUCGCCGCCGCCGCCCAGCCGACGGCUGCCAAAAUCGCCGACGUCUUCGGCCGUCUGGAACUGGUCUUCGUCAGCGUGGUCUUCUAUGUUGUCGGAACCAUCAUUGAAGCCUCUGCGACCAAUAUCGACACCUUCGCUGGAGGCUCAGUCCUCUAUCAGAUCGGCUAUACUUGCGUUCUCUUGUUGGUGGAAGUGAUCAUUGCCGACAUCACCUCCCUGCGAGCUCGACUCUUCUUCAGCUACAUUCCUGCACUACCAUUCUUGGUGAACACCUGGAUUAGUGGCAAUAUCACUUCAGCCGUCCUGGGUGCGACAACCUGGAAAUGGGGCAUUGGGAUGUGGUGCAUAAUCUACCCGGUCUGUGCGCUUCCGCUCAUGAUAUCUCUCUACUUCGUCGGCCGGCGUGCCCGCAAAGCUGGUGUCUUGGAGAAAUACAAGACACCGUACCAGAUGAUGGGCGCAAGAGGACUGACACAGGAGCUCUUCUGGGCCCUUGACAUUCCCGGUAUCAUCUUGUUGAUCGCGGUCUUCGCUCUCAUCCUUGUUCCCUUGACAAUUGCUGGAGGAUCAACAUCAUCAUGGGGUACCGCACAUGUCAUUGCGCCUCUUGUCAUUGGAAUUCUCUGUAUCCCGGUUUUCGUCUUUUGGGAGCUAAGAGCCCCUCGACCACUCGUGCCCUUUGAUCUCCUGAAGGAUCGCGGCGUCUGGGGGGCGUUAGGUAUUGCGUGCACCCUGAAUUUUGCUUGGUACAUGCAAGGCGACUAUCUCUACACAGUACUGAUCAUCGCUUUUGAUUUCAGUAUCAUGGGAGCCACCCGAAUUACUUCCUUGUACAGUUUUACCUCUGUCGUCGCUGGCUUCCUUCUGGGCAUGGUGGUCUACAAUGUCAGACGCCUGAAAUGGUUCAUAGUGGCGGGAACUUGUCUUUUCAUGGUUGCAUUUGGACUUCUCAUUCACUACCGUGGUUCUCCAAAUUCAGCUGGCCAGUCGGGCGUCAUCGGUGCGCAGGUCCUCCUGGGGUUUGCCGGAGGCAUGUUUCCCUACCCGGCCCAGGCGUCGAUACAGGCUGCGACCAAACACGAGCACGUUGCCGUCAUCACGGGUCUGUAUCUGGCAACCUAUAAUAUCGGGUCUGCCUUUGGCGGUGCCAUCUCCGGUACCAUCUGGACCAACGUGCUUCCAUCAACACUCGAGCGCAAUUUGGCGCCACUUGGAAAUUCGACCUUGGCCGCGGCGACCUAUGCCGACCCAUUCACGGUUGCAUACGAAUACCCCGUGGGCACGCCAGUGCGAACAGCCAUCAUCGCCGCAUAUCAACAUGCACAGAGGUUGCUCUGUAUCACGGGAAUUUGUCUCUGCGCCCUUCUAAUCGUCUUUGCGUUCUGUCUUCGCGAUCCUAAACUGGGUGACGAGCAGAGCUUGCCUGAGGCCGAAGAAGAAGUGGUUCGUUGA